AUGCUGACUCUCUCAACUGAAGAAGACUAUGACUAUUCUGACCUAACAAACUCAUAUAUGGGAAUUUUUAAUACAAAAGCGUUUGAAAGGUUUCUCAGUACCACCCAAACAGGAUAUGCCCAUACAAGCUCUGGAAUCGACUUAAACCUACUACUAAAGACUCUAAUCACUUCAUUAUGUAUAUGUACUAUUCAAUUGACCGUUUUUUGUUUUUUUCGAUCUACGUUGAAGAUAGUCUACCAACCAAGAUGCUUCUGUGUUCCUGUUAACGAAAGAAUGGAUCCACUCCCUAGAGGUUUUCUUUCCUGGGUGUUACCGACAAUGAAGUCUAACAUGCACUUUUACCUAUCUAUGGGUUUGGAUACUUAUUUCUUCGUCAGAUUCAUCAACGUUUUACUAUUAUACUUUAUCUUUAUUGGAACUCUGAAUAUGAUAAUAUUACUACCUAUCAACUGGACAGGAAGUGACCAAUUUUAUCAAGCUCCAGGCUUAGAUCGACUUAGUCUUUCAAACAUUGCCAGUUCCAAGGUGAGUAGAUUGAAUUCUCACUUCUUAAUGGGUUUGGUUACGAUAGGCACUCUCCACUGCUUAAUAAUCUACGAACUUCUGAGCUUUGUUUCUAUAAGACAGUCCUACUUAUUGUCUCCAAACCACAGAGAAUCUGCACAAGGAAAAAUGCUUUUGAUAUCUAAUUGCCCACAUCAACUUCUAGAGGAGGAAGUAUUGAGUAGUGUUUUUGGAUUCAUUCCUGGUGGAAUUAAGAAAGUUUGGUUUGUUCAUGAUUUCAAAGAUAUUUCUAGAGAAGUUCAAAAGGCUAGAAGUGCUCUAGAUACAUUAGAAAAGGCUCAAAUUUUGUAUUUGAAAAAGUCCUAUCGGUGCCAAUUUCCGAGAAAGAAAUGGUUGCGAAAUUAUUUUUCUGACAAGAUUGAAGACAUAACCGACCACCUAAGCGAAGAUGAAUACCAUCAUUCGUUGGAACCACAAUUUUAUCCAGCAAUCUCCAUGACCAUCUUUUUCCCAAUAAUAAAUAGAUCAGUUGAGUUAAAACUACCUGGUUUUCUCAGAUUCUUCGCAUUUCAAGACAAAAUUUCAAUGACCACUUGGUCCGCGAAACAACUCGACAUCAGCCUUAAAGCGAUUGAUGCGCAGAAGCAACUAAUGAACGAGGGAAGGCUAACAAAGCAUACCAAAUUAUUCGUUCAGUUUAACACACAAGAGGGGGCAUAUAUAGCUCACCAAUGUUUACUUUCAAGGAACCAGGGAGAUCUUGAUCUGAGUUUAGUAGAAGUUCAUGCUGGUGAUAUAAAGUGGAACAAUUUAUCCAGGAACAACUCCUACACAUCUUUAGUUGAAAAGUACAUUGUCAAUCUUGCUUUCAUUUGUAUUAUAAUACUUUACGUUGUUCCAGUCUCAUUUAUUGGGCUCUUUUCGCAGAUCCCCUUCUUGGUUCAGUUGAUGCCAUUUCUAGCCUGGAUAUACAAAUUUCCCGAAGAAGUGAGAGAAACAAUCUCUAGUUUCUUACCUUCAAUUCUAUUAACAAUACUUACUGAAAUAGUCAUGGUAACCUUUAGAUACUUGACAAAGUUUAAGGGAAUCCUAUCAGGGGCCGAACUUGAAUUAGAUCUACAGAGGUGGCACUUCUCUUUCCUCUUUGUCCAGCAGUUUCUUGUUGUGACAAUUCUGUCCAGUAUAACUGUCAUUUUCAAGCAAAUAUUGGACCAGCCAACUUCGAUUCCCAUAUUAUUGGCGACAAACCUUCCUAAGGGUGCAAACUUUUUCUUCCAGUUUUUUGCAUUGAAAGCCUUUGCUUUCUGUGGAGCCAAUUUCAUGAGAGCAGAACUGCUUAUAUUUCAUUAUUUGACUUCCAAGCUUCGGGAUAUAACUCCAAGACAAAAGUUUCAUUCACUAACCGGAUUGCCUAAGAUUAAAUGGGGUACUGUGUAUCCCGUCUUCUCUGUCUAUGCUUGUAUUGGAAUUACAUACUCCAUCAUAUCUCCCUUGAUCUCAAUUUUUAUAAUAUUCAUAUUAAUGUUGAUAUUGUUGUACUACAAGUAUGCUUUGAAGUACAUUUAUAGUCAUAUCAACGAAUCAGAAACACAAGGGAGAUUGUACCCCAUUGCAUUAUUGCAUUUAUAUACGGGGAUGUAUUGUCUUGAGUGUUGUCUUAUUGGAAUCUUCUUUCUACUGAAAGACGAAGAUGGAAAUUCACCAAUGAAAGUUCAUGGAUGGAUAAUGAUAUUGGUAUUAUUGAUUACAAUUUUCGGCCAUCAAACGAUUUUUAAUCGGUUUGUUAAACAUUUCUCUUAUUUGCCAAUUCUUUCUGACUUCAAGAAUAAAGAGAUUAAUACCACUGAAAAGAACAACAGCAACUGCGUGGUUGGCGAAGUUGCAAACUUUAAAUCAACAGAUGGCGAUGAUCACGAACUUCUUUAUCUUCAUCCGGCAUUUAAAUUUGAAGACCCAAAAUUAUGGCUACCUUCUGAUCCACUAGGUAUCUGCUUAAAUCUCAUUCAGCAUAUUGAACAUCUUGUUCCCGGUCUUCAAGGUGGUACGACCAAAGGAGCAUCCGUAAUAUUCGACAACACGUAUCGCAAAGUCAAAAUAAGAGUAACGGAAGCACCCCCAGAUUAUAAAUAG